CACUCCUAAACAAAUGGAAGGAAAAAGAAAUGAUCACUUCUUCUUCGCCUCUGAAUCAGUUGGUGAAGGUCACCCAGACAAGCUCUGCGAUCAGAUCUCUGAUGCCAUCUUGGAUGCAGCCCUUGAGGUAGACCCAGAUGCCAAAUCUGGACUCGAGACAGCCACCAAGACUGGAAUGGUAGUCCUCCUCGGAGAAAUCAGAAUGAAGGAUAGAGAUAAGAUCGACCUUGAACAGAUCGCAAGAAAGGUAUGCAAAGAAGUAGGAUUUACCUCUGAAGAAAUUGGACUUGAUGCUGAGAAAUGCCAGGUUAUCAUCAAUGUUCCAGAUCAAUCUGAAGAAAUUGCUCAAGCAGUACAUGUAGAUAAAGAAGAAGACCUUGGUGCUGGAGAUCAAGGAAUCAUGUUUGGUUAUGCUUGUGAUGAUGACGAAGAGACUCUCCACCCACUCACCCAUUUGUACUGCAACAAGAUGUGCGAGAAGAUGGCUGAGCUUAGAAGAUCCGGAGAACUUGGAUGGCUCAGACCAGACUGCAAGAGUCAAAUUACCAUGGAAUACAAGAAGGAAGGUAAGGACUUUGUCCCAGUCAGAGUCCACAAUGUUCUCAUCUCCACCCAACACGACCCAGAUGUUGAAGGAUUAGAGGAAGCAAUUAAGGAGAAGGUUAUUCAUGCAGUUAUCCCAGAAAAAUAUUUGAUUGAUACUACUUACUUCAUUAACCCAAGUGGCUCAUUCAUUAGUGGAGGACCAGAAGCCGAUGCAGGACUCACUGGAAGAAAGAUCAUCGUUGAUACUUAUGGAGGAUGGGCCCCACAUGGUGGAGGUGCUUUCUCAGGAAAGGACGCUUCCAAGGUUGACAGAUCAGCUGCUUAUUACGGAAGAUAUGUUGCCAAAUCUUUGGUAGCUGCUGGACUUGCCAGAAGAGUUUUGAUUCAGGUCUCUUAUUCAAUUGGUGUCGCUAAACCACUUUCCAUUCAUGUCGAUUCUCAUGGUACUGUAAAGGAUGGAUAUGACGAUGAUGAUCUCGCUAGAAUCGUUGAUGAGAACUUUGACUUCAGACCAUCCAACAUCAUCAAGGAACUUGACUUGAAGAGACCAAUCUUCAGAAAGACUGCUGCUUACGGACACUUCGGAAGAACCGAUCCAGACUUCACUUGGGAACAGCCAAAGACCUUGAAUCUCUAAAUUAGAGUUCUCCUAAAUAAACCCUUUCCAAAUAA